AUGGAAGGCGACGACCACAGCGGACAUUUUCUUGGAGAGGACCAAGGGUACGGCGACUACUACCAUCCUGGAGACCAAGUACAACACGACUUCGACCAAGCACAAUACGACUUCGGCCAAGCACAACAUGAAUUUGAUCAAGGAGAAGGCCUAGGUUAUGGCGACUCUGUCCCAGAAGGAGAGAUGGAACAGGAAGGUGAAUCUGGGAUGGAGGACCUUGGUGCGAAACUGCAGGAGCUCGAGGCCAAGCUCGACAAGCUCGAGAAAAGGUAUGAAAAAACGUACUGGUCUGAAGAGCCGGAUGAAAUUCAACAACCGAAGCUCCACCACCAUUCGUUGGACAUGGCCGACGUCUGCUUUCAAAUUCUGAGCAUCGACCCGGAAAACCAACGUGCCGCCGAACUACAUCGUGAUCACUCGGCCUCUAUCUUCGGCGAGUUCCGCGGGCGCGAAGGUGAUGAUGAUGAGAGCCAGUACAAACCCAGAAUGCACGAGCACAUCUUUGGAGUUCCCCGCCUUGAAGACAUGGAUAGCGACUCAGAUGAUGAGAGCGAGUCCGGGGAUUAUGAUGAAGACUUUGACAACGAGGACAAUCCCGAAUAUUCGGGUGGAGAAGGGGGCGACCAGUAUGGCCAGGAGGAUUACGGGGCGGGAGAAGAUGAGGAUUCUUCCGGCGAACACGGUCACGGUGGCUACGACGACUACGGCAAUCAAGAUUACGACCCCGAGCAGUCAUGGGAUGAUGACUACGGUGGCCAGGACGGCGAACACUGGCAAGGCGGAGAUGACUAUGUUGGUGGUGAGGAGCAGUAUGGCGACAACUGGCAGGGUGGAGGUGAGGAGCACAAGGCGGAGGAUGGCAAGACGGAGGGCAUGACGACAAUAGUCACCACCAAGGGGGAGGAUGGCAUGAUGGGACUGAUAAUGACAAUGGUCACCACCAUGGUCACCACCACGGCGGAAAGUUGCAUGAUGGCGGAGAUGACGGCGACGAGACCGGAGCUCAUGGAGGAUCUGGGGAUGGAUAUUGUUGAUCGGCGCUCAAGAGUGACACUAGAGCAGAAGUCUUCGUCUCUCGAGUUUGUUCCUCAGUAUCUGUAG